CUUAGCUUUCGGUCGGGGUUGGGAUGCCACUAUAAAGGGAAGGGAGGUGGCGUAAGGAACGUACCCAGGUUCCACAUGUUCUUCAAUAAACAUGGCGUCUCCGGUACCAGUGGUUGCAGUUCGGGGGUCCACUGGGAUUUCCAUUAAUCUAGGUCCACCCAACUAUGAUCCAGUCACUGCUUUCCAGAAAGAUGACAGCAAAGCAUGCAAGUGUAUGCUUUUCAGCCCCGAUAGCUCAAAAUUCGCCUGGGUGAAUGGAAUAAGUGUUAAAAUUGUGUCAACUUCAACAUGGAAGCUCCUUGCAGAAAUUCCUCGUCCCAAAGUGUCGUGCAUUAAAUUUUCUCCUAAAGGCACAUAUCUUAUGACAUGGGAACCAUGUAUCACUACCACCGCUGGUCCGGGAGGUCCAAACCUGCAUAUUUUUAAGUCAGAAAAUGGUGAACUGGUCAAAGAUUUCAUUCAUAAAAAGCAGACUGGAUGGGAACCUCAGUGGAGCCAGGAUGAGAAGUUGUGUGGUAGGUGUAUGAAUGAUGAGCUGUUGUUUUAUGAAGAUGGCAAAUUUGAUUCAGUAGCCCUCCGAGUCAGAGAUCAAAAGAUUGCAAACUUCGCUGUGGCUCCUGGCACAGCACCAUAUCAUGUUCUGUGCUACAUGCCAGGUAAAUCUGGCACCCCAUCUUUUGGUAGACUCUUCCAAUACCCAAAGUUUGACCAGCAAAGCUCCUUAGCAAACAGAAGCUUUUUCCAGGCUGAUCGAGUUGAAAUGUUUUGGAACUGCAAAGCCACAGCAGCUCUCCUCUUAGCAAGCACAGAUGUUGAUAAGACUGGUAGCUCCUACUACGGAAAGCAAACCUUGCACUUCCUUUCCACUAAAGAGAGUGCUUUAGUAGUUCUUGGGAAGGAAGGUCCUAUCUACAGUGUUGAAUGGAGUCCUAAGGGUACAGAAUUUUGUGUAUGUUAUGGCUUUAUGCCUGCCAAAGUUACUAUGUAUAACAUGAAGGUUGAGUCUGUAUUUGAAUUUGGCACUGGACCACGCAAUGCCAUUCACUAUAAUCCUACGGGGAAUAUUCUCAUCCUCGGUGGUUUUGGUAAUUUAAGAGGAGGUGUUGAAGUCUGGGAUGCUCCUCAAAGAAAGCUUAUUACUAAAUUGGAAGCACCAGACACAACCCUUUUAGAAUGGUCUCCAGAUGGCAAACAUUUUAUGACUGCUACUACUGCACCUAGGUUGAGAAUGGGCAAUGGUUUUAAAAUUUGGCAUUAUUCAGGAGCCCUUAUGUACGAAAGACCCUGGAACAAACAGGAAGAACUGUGGGAAGUUUUAUGGCAGUCAUUCCCAGCAGGUGUGUUCAAGGAGCCCUCAAUUAGCUACAAGGCAGUUGAAGGCAUUCAGCCAAGUCAGCCUACAGCCUCUAAACAAGUCUAUAGACCGCCCUCUGCAAGAGGAAAAGAAUCCAAUUUCAAACUACAUGAGGAGGAACUACCCCACAAACCAGGAGAGAGUCCUCUGGCUGCAUCUAACUCAUCUAAGGCUGCUUUAAAAAUGAAGAAGAAACGUGAAGCCAAGAAAGCUAAGAAAGCUGAACAGCAGUCUCUAGGAGAUAUUGUUGAAACUCCUGCCCCUGCCAACCCAGCUGUAAGAGACCAGAAACCACCAGCAACCAAUGGUAUAAACACACUGAUACCUGCAGACUCAGAAAUUGAUGACCCUGAAAAGUUGAAGAAGUUGAAGAAAAUCAAAAGUAAAUUGGACCAAAUUAACCGUUUGAAAGAGCAACUGGCAAGUGGUAAACAAUUAGAGAUCAACCAACUGGAUAAAAUCAAGAAGGAAGAUGAACUUUUGCAGGAAAUAAAAGAUCUUGCUUUGUGAUGACAUCAUGAAGGCGCACUGCUCCCCUCCGCCUUCACUCAUUGCUCUCAGUCUGAUACUGAGCACAUGCGGAUGCAGUGCCUGCCUCUCUCAAUGCCAACUAGCACAUUUCAACAAGAAAAUAUCGCCUCAACUUUGCCCAGUAUUGUUCCUCAAGCCUGUACCACAGAGGUGCUGAACGUGCCAGAAAAAAUUGAGCCCUCCCAACAAACUUUACUGUGUGCAACAGACUCGCAAUCUUCUCCAAUGAAUUCCUUUUCGUUUGUUGCAUCAGUUCGAGCAAAUACGGAUUCACUUGUGAAUUCAUCUGAUCGUGUUGCAAUGGUUUCAAGUGUUUUGAAACAGAGCAUGAUAAACCCGCAUAUAUCUUCACAGAGACCAUGUGAACUUCUUCAGUCUAAUGUAUUUCAAUCACAAAAUAACUCAGUGUUGCCUUUAGCAUGCUUUGUUAGCUUAAGACCAGAUAAUUUUAAAAAUCAAAUCAGGGCUAAAUCAUAUUUUUCUGUACCUGAUUCUAUGAAUUAUUCUGCACCUGCUUUUAAUUUGUGGACCUCAGACUCUUUCACUCUGGAGGGAGGUGGGUUUGAGUGCGCUACUACGACCAAUUCUGAACGCAAAGUGAGUUUUUAAUUUUUCAGCUGAUAUGAGGCAUAGAAAUUCAUAAUUAAAAGAUUGAAACAUUGUGAAUACUCAUGGUUUCAGCCUUAACUUUUACUUACAUUUUCUUCUUAGUUUCAAUUAAUAAUCUAUGAUUUUGCUCACUUAAUUGUUAGCUCGCAUUGUUUAAUGAAUUUGAAGGAUAUAAUUAAGGAUAUGAAUUAAAGUCAAUCAUACCACUGUUGUAUGGUUGUUUAUAGCACAAGAAAUGUGCCUUGCCAAAGUUGAGAUUUAACAAAUUAAGUGUAUUUUGGUUUGAUGUUUUGACUGUUAAAGAGUGAGUGCUUAAACCAAGAACCUGCAUUCAUUAUUUUAGUGUUAAAUGAUUUUGCAAAUUUCUUUUGGCAGUUGUGCUUGUUGAUUUGUUCUUUGGUGUUUGACAAUUUUUCUACAGUUUGUUGAUUUUCCCCUUUUCUCUCUCUGUACUGAUCAUUUUUAAGUGUUUGUAUUAUUUACUCCAACUUCAUAAGCACAAUCAUGUACAUAACAAAAUAUUAUUGUUAUUAUUGAAUUUUUCUCCACUUCUUAAUGACAUUUUAGGUUUAACUUAAUGUUUUUAGACAGUCUGGUACUUCCUAUAUGUCUAUCCACUUUUUGUUGUAGUCAUGUCAUGUCAUUAUCCUCAAAAUAUUGUUCUGUAUGUUGUGAUGUGAUCAACCUGGAAGAUAUUUUCAAUGCUUUUCUUUGCCCUUAGUUCAUUAAGUGUUGUGUCGGUUCUCAGAUAUUUUGCUGCCAUUUGCGCUACAGGAAUAACAGCACAAACUUCUCUACUUGUACAUAUAUAUUUACCUACAUUGAUGUUAAAUGUAUGCCUCCUAGAUCGUUCUUUUAAAAAUAGCAUGUAAAAUUGUAUGCUGUGCAUAGACAUACUGCUUCCUAAAGAAGUAUUUUUGAAGUGCCUUAGAACAUUCAUUAUUGCACAGCAUAAACAGUUGGUGCGACCACGUUCUUCCUUCCUAGCAGGCUUUGAAUUUUCAGAUUCUAACUGUUACAAUGUCCCAAUUUUUGUCUUAAAGCUUAGGAAUAUUUGAUUGUAUAAGUGGCUGCUCAGUUCUUUUAGUGCCAAUUCAUGUCUCAUGAAAAUAAUUGUCUGCUGAGACUGUGGGUGGGCUGCUAUGGGCUUCUCAUUUAAUUUUCCAUCAGCAACUCUGAUUUUGCAUUGUUUCCUUAUGUUAUCACUUUUACCUUGUCAAAAAAAUCUUUUAUGUAAUUUUUGUAAUCAAAAUUUAAGUUAUUUGCAAGUGUUGCAUUAUACUUGUCACAUUGUUAUCUACCUCUUACUUUGUCGUUACUUUGCUCCUCAAAGAAUUUAAAGAAAGUUUAUCAAAGUCUAUUUUCUGUACGUAUGGAGAUGCAAUAAUGUGCUGAAGCUGCAGUUUGCUGAAAUGAGAUGCCAUGGAUGCUACCAUCAGAUAUGAAUUAAAACAGCAUAGGUCAUCCUUAA